AUGGACGAUCCAAUUCCCAACGACCAUCACGUGCAUGAGCCUGCGAAUCGCGCUACGAUCAAUCGUUGCCUGAACACGAUUGGGCUCGGCUCGCUUGGUGCACUCACAUUGAGCUGCUUGUUCGAAGUCAAAGCAUCUACCAACCCGUUCACUCGCACAACUUUCACAGCCGCCGGCAUACUGUUUGCGUUCUACGCGACUAUUGUCGUUGUUGCUGCGCUGGUCCGAGAUGAGGCAGAAACGGUCUGUGCCGCCAGAAUCGACGAAGUCCGAAGUGCAUUCGAGAAGAAGGUAUUGGAGAUGGCUGGAAAUGAGCGCCUUCUGGCUCAGCAGCUUCACGAGUGUCAGACCGAGAAUCUAAACCACGAUGAAACCGAAGCACAGCUUACCCAGCGCUUGGUGGGCUUGGAAGAGCAGAUCGAAGGACAUCUUGAGAUCGAACAACAACUCCAAGCUAGCCUCGGCCAGAUCGAAGACGACUCUGCCCAAUGUCUUGAGGCCAAGCAACAGCAAAUUGACCACCUUCUUGCCAGCGACCAAGAUCUCAAAGAUCGCCUUCACAACUUAGAAGACCGACAUGCGAAGUCUGUCGAAAAUGAGCGUGCGUUUGAGGCACGCUUACAAAACAGCGAGCAAGUGUUCCAGGAACGCCUGCAGGCAUCAAUAGGGGAGAACACAAAGUUGGCUACACGCAAUCGAGAUGUGAAGGCACAACUCAAGACUACACAAGAUAUGGCGGCGAGUCUGGUCAUCAGCGAGCUGAAGCUCAAGAGUCGCCUAAAUGCGUCGAUCGCCGAGAACGCGGAGCUAGUCAGCAGUGUAGGUGGGCUCAAGACACAGCUACAGACCUCAAAGAGCGACAACUCGGAUCUCGAAUCGCGGGUCCGAGCGGUAAGCCACUCGAAAGACGAACUCGACAAGACUGUGAGCGCCCUCGGGUCGCAGGUCGCCAUCUCCAGAAACGACAACGCUAGCCUCAGAGAACGUGUUCAGAGCUUGACUAAACACAACACAGAGUUGACUGCACGAGAGCAGGCUCUGAGCAAACAGCUUCGGACGUCUCGAGCUGAAACCUCGGUACAGUCUAGGUUGAAGAUGCACCUGAGAGAUCAAUCGCAGCGCUUGGAGGGAGAGGUAGCAAAGGCACGCUUUGAUGCUCAGAAAUACAAGACCAUGUUGGAUAAUUUGUACAAGCCAAAUGAGUGA